ACAGCAGGUGGCGCUAUGGCGGGAGCCGCGCUGGGCGCGCCGGGCCCUCUGGCUCAAGGAAGCCUGUCGCCUCCUCCGCGGCUUCUCUUCCGGCGCGGCUCCUGUGUGGUGGACGCGGCCAAGUCAUGGACCGCAACCCUUCGCCGCCGCCGCCGAGUCAGGACGAGGAGGAGGACGGGGGGGUGGCCGGGGGAGACUGCAUAGGAAGCACGGUUUACAGCAAGCACUGGCUCUUCGGCGUCCUCAGCGGGCUCAUCCAGAUUGUUAGCCCUGAAAAUACCAAAUCCAGCUCAGAUGAUGAGGAGCAGCAGAUGGAGCUUGAUGAAGAAAUGGAGAAUGAAAUUUGCAGAGUAUGGGAUAUGUCAAUGGAUGAGGAUGUGGCUUUAUUUCUCCAGGAAUUUAAUGCUCCUGAUAUAUUUAUGGGAGUACUGGCCAAAUCCAAGUGUCCUCGAUUGAGAGAAAUCUGUGUGGGAAUUUUAGGUAAUAUGACCUGUUUCCAGGAGAUAUGUGUGUCCAUCAGCAGUGAUAAAAAUCUUGGGGAGGUGUUAUUGCACUGUUUGUAUGAUUCAGACCCACCUACUCUGCUGGAAACAAGCAGGUAUGCUUUUCUCUUCAUGGAUUCUAUAAAGUUACCCACAAGGGAAUCUAGGAAAAUAGAUUUUAACAUUUCGUUUUUUACUUCAAUAUCUGUUUUAUUCUCUGUAGUUGACUUGCUGGUGAAAGUGGGAGAGGUUGUGGACAAGCUCUUUGAUUUGGAUGAGAAACUAAUGUUGGAAUGGAUUAGAAAUGGGACUUCCCAGGCUCUGGACCAACCCCAGGAAGAUUCUGAAGAGCAGCCAGUGUUUAGGAUUGUGCCCUGUAUACUUGAAGCUGCCAAACAAGUACGUUCUGAAAAUCCAGAAGGGCUUGAUGUUUAUAUGCAUAUCUUACAGCUGCUUACCACAGUGGAUGAUGGAAUUGAAGCAAUUGUACAGUGUCCUGACACUGGAAAAGACACUUGGAAUUUACUUUUUGACCUGAUCUGUCAUGAAUUCUGCCAGUCUGAUGAUCCACCCAUCAUACUUCAAGAACAGAAGACAGUGCUAGCCUCUGUUUUUUCAGUGUUGUCUGCCAUCUAUGCUUCUCAGGCUGAACAAGAGUAUCUAAAGAUAGAAAAAGUAGAUCUUCCUCUAAUUGACAGCCUAAUUCGGGUCUUACAAAAUAUGGAACAUUGUCAGAAGAAAACAGAAAAUUCGGCAGAGUCUAACACAGAAGAAACUAAAAAAUCCGAUUUAACCCAAGAUGACUUCCACUUGAAAAUCUUAAAGGAUAUUUCAUGCGAAUUUCUUUCUAAUAUUUUUCAGGCAUUAACAAAGGAGACUGUGGCACAGGGACUAAAGGAGGGCCAGUUGAGCAAAGAGAAGUGUUCUUCUGCAUUUCAAAACCUUCUUCCUUUCUAUAGCCUUGUGGUGAGUAUGGGUAAAUGUAUAGGUGGCUCAGUUUCAUAG